AUGAAGCUCUUCUACAUCUUCGCACUCCUUGCACUCUGCGCAACGGCUGUUUUGGCAUGGGAGAAGGAAGAUCAUGAAAUAUUUGACCUCGUAAGCGAAUUAGAGGCCACAGAAGGGAAGGGAACGAACUUCUACUCGUGGCUAGACGUGCCGUCUACCGCAACAACGAGCGAGAUUGCGAGGGCCUACAGGAAACUUAGCAUGCAGCUUCACCCUGACAAAAACCCUAAUGACAAGACCAUACAUGAACGAUUUGCUAGACUGGGAGUUGUGUCCACUAUCCUCAGAAAUGCGGAGAGCCGGAAACGAUAUGACUUCUUCUACAAGAACGGUGUACCUAAAUGGCGCGGGACUGGCUAUUACUAUGCCCGCUUCCGUCCAGGCCUUGGCACGGUUCUCGUUUUCCUCGUCGUGCUCACUUGCGGGCUCCAAUAUAUCAUCCAAAAUAUGACUUACAAGACCCACCUGAAGAGAAUCGAAAAGAUUGUCCAGGACGCUCAACAGGCCGCUUGGGGAGCGAAGAUGAUUCCUGGAGAGGGCGAGAAGAGAGUCAAAGUCAACCUCGGAGGACCCUCCUAUGACGACGAUGGAUAUCCCAUCCCUGGCAAGUCCAUUAGCAUGGUGGUCCGAGGUCUCGACGUGUUUAUUCGCAACCCAGAUGGUUCUGAAGAAGCCGUGAAUGCCUCGACUGCUGUUAGGCCAGCACUCUCAACAACAUGGUUCCCGUCACUUAUCCAUUCAUUGGUCAGAAAAACCUUGGGACGACGAAACAAGGGCAACGAAGUUAACAACGACGAACUCGCCUCUGAGGUUGACGACACCGAUGGGGAAACCAGCAGUGUUUCGGACAGUAAAAGUGGUACAGCCACACCGUUGGAAGGCAGACCCGCGGCCGUCAAAGCUGGCGGAAAGCGCAGAAAGGCCAUCCGCAAAAAGUAG